CGUGUUUGAACUGACCCGUCAGCUGCCCAAGUUUGCGAUGUACACCAUACCGCACAAUCUGACCGGGUCACCGAAGAGUGUGUAUACAACUUGAAACAAACCACGCCCCACGAACCACGAUGGCCUCUUCCUCGUCCAGCAGCAGCAGCAGCAGCAGAAUGUCGGUGAUGGACCGCGACCUCUGUCUGCUGCUGGUGGAGAUGUCGUCCGAGAAGGUAACCGUGCGGCAGAAGGCGUUCAACAAGAUGAGCACCAUCCUGAACAACCGGGAGGACGAUUUUCUCGACUACAUGGCAUCGGAUGCGUUCGAGACGCAGUGGUGCGCGGUGCUGGAUGCGGCUUACCACGGCAUACAGAAGCAGAGCUACGCCAUUACGACCCAGGUGCAGAGCAAGAACCACGACUACGUCGUGGUGCUGCACAAGCUCGUUGAGCUGGCGAUGGAUCGGGAUGCGCCGCAGCUACCGCACAGCCAGCUGAUCGGGUGCUUUGUGCGCGCGAUCAACGAUCAAGCGAUGCGGGACAGUUUUGGUGUGUGCUUUCUGCACGUGCUGAACAAGUUCGUGCUGUGCUCCAAGUGGUGCCUAACGCCGGUGAGCUACGAGCACUGGAAAGAAAUUCUUGACUGCUGUUUAGUGAUGCUGGAUACAGCGCACGUACCAAAGCACUUGGCGGCCAACUGUCUCUCGCUGGCUGUGGUGAAAUUUUUAGCCAACUGCUCGAUGCAAACACUGCUGGCGGACUAUUUGAGCCGGCUGAUUGUCCACCUGCGCCAGGCGGUAAACGAGAAGAAAAGUAACGUUUUAUGCGAUCUGAUAAACAUAGCUUUGUACAUAACAGAAGCGAUAGCGGUGGAUUGUAAGGCGAAGAUCAUUGCAUUCUUGGAGUCGCUCGUUCCAUGCACGGUGAAACUUUACAAGGAAGCAAACUUGCGCAAGGAACAGAAAGUGUCACUGUUCCGGUUGAUGCAUCUGUCGCUGAUAAUGUUGUACCCGGGAGGAAAAUCUCAUACCCUUGCCAAACCACUGACCCGAGACGGUUUGCAGCAGGUCGAGGACGAUGAAGCGCGAAGGAAAACGUUGCGCGAAUAUCAUUACAUACUGACGAGUGAAAUGAAGGCACGGGAUCAGAGUUCGUUCUUUGGCUCGAAUGAGGCCCCUUUUGCUGAUGGUUUCAUUGACUUUGCCGCCCGGUUGUGUUAUACGGUGUACUGGAACGAGGAUAAUUGGAAGGAAUCUAGCGGCGAAGAAACGGCCGCAAAGCGAAACAAACAGUUUAACAAACUGCAAAGCAUCAUGGAGAUGGUCGGUACUGCUCCAAAUCAGCUUAAUUUGCGUUGGUUGUACAUCCUUUCUGCGGUUCUAGACAGAUAUGAGGCAGCACUUACUAGCGACGACUAUGCGCAACUGUUGCAACUGUUGUGCAAUGUGCAACCGAGCCUACAAUCGCCGCACGAGCAUGAUGCUUUCUACCAGUGCUGUUCCGUGCUGCUCGCGUUCGAACAAAAGUCAACCCAUCGAUCGUUGAACACAGCGGCGGCCAGCGGUGAAUCGAUUGGCGAGCUUUGGGCCAAAAUGAUAGCCGCUGCGUUCCGUGCCUGCACCAACACCGCCGCAAGAACGUGCGCUAAAUCCAAUCUCCUGCUGCAGCUAUUGAUUCGCCAUCGAAAGUAUCCGAACGUCGGCUUUCUAAACAGCACCGUGCUGGAAGCCUUUUACACCUAUGCCGUGGAGAAGACGAACCUUAACGUCGGCACGGUGCUGUCCAUCCUGGAGACGGUGGGCAACGCCGAGUGUCUCGGCAGUGUCGACGGUGUGCUGACCAAGCUGCUCAACUAUCUCUAUCCGCAGACGCGCGAAACACAGUCGAAAGCGAUACUACACGCAAAGGAGCGGCUGAGCGCAAAGACGCUGGCACGCAUUUCGAUCCUUUGCGUGGUGACUACAUGUUGCGCAAUGGAUGAGACAGAGCGGCACACACACGCCGGAGUGCACGAUACCUUUUACCGGGAGCGAGACGGGCAGUUGCAAACGCUCGAGCAAAGACUUCGCUACCAUAGUUUAGAGGAAUUGCUAGCGUUGGAGCAGCACAAAAAGGAAGGGAUUGAUGCGGAAUCACCCCAAGGCAGCGCACGAAUCUCUUACAACAUAAACGAACCACUGUUUUUGCGCCUGUGUGAGGUAGUAAGCUUCGACAAGCAUAUCCUGCCCGAUGGGAAUUAUUUUCUAGCCGAUGGAUUGGCAUGCAUCUGCGACGAUUUGGAGUUGUACCUGGAGAUGCUCAACAUUUUGCAGCUGCACGCCGCGUACGAUGAGCAGCAGUGCACCAGGAGCCCACUGUACAAAAAGGUUCUGCUCAAGUUCGACCUACUAAACGGUGGAUUUGAGCGGCUGUUGAAAAACGAUGCGGCCUCCACGCUAAAUCUCAUCAAAACCAGGAACCUUGCCGAGCGAUUGUUGGCCAUCUUUCGUGUCCCUUACCAUCCGUCGGUAAGGAAGCUGCUGCAGCAAACCGAACACACGUUCAUUAUGCGAUGGGCAAUCGGGCAGAUCAGUCUGAAGGAGGGGGAGGAUUCGCAGUGCGUGACCGUGUUGCAGCCGGAUAAACUGGCCACGGAAGAGCAAAUGCAGCGAUGUUUCCUCCACGUCGUAGCGGAAUAUCUGCAGUACGAAGGGCCAAGCCUGAACGAGGCUCACGAGCUGCUGGAUCGGUUGGAACUGAAUGUGUUCAGCAGUUUGGAUUUGUUCUAUCUGUUUGAUCUGUGUCGAAUACUGCUGGCGCAAACUUCCCAUGAGGUGGUGGCCGUAUGGGUACUGAGAAACCUGGUAGAUGUGUGCAAAAACCACUACACCAAUCCUGACAUUACGGAGCAGAUUAUCGAUCUGUACGGUGCUUUAACCGCCUUCGUGAGCCCGUACGAAGACAUGAUCCGCAACGUAACGAUCGUGCUGUACUCGUUCGUAAAACAGUGCGCCAAACACACGUACUCUACCGAGCUGCAGGUGAAGAUACUGGCGCAGGUGAAGUAUCUGCUCCGCGCUUACCCGCAGCACAUCCGUACGCCAACGCACGAGAGCAUCUACAACGGAUUGGUGCCGUUGCUGAGCAGCCCAAGCUAUCGCAUCAAGCUGGAAGCGGUCAGGAAUAUUCUGCACUUCAUGCAGCUCGAAUGGUCACAUCCUGACCUUUCUUCGGUUCCGUGCAGCUUUUACGAGUUUCAGCUGCAACUGUACGAUCAAAUUCAGUUCGAGGAGCUACUAGCGACCGACGGUGGGAUGGACAUGAACGAUGAGAGAAUGAACGUGAUUAGCGGCUGCCUUCAGCUGCUGUUGGGCAUCUUUCGCAUUAGCUUCAUGCUGCGUCGGCGCGCGUUGUGCGAUUUUGUGCUGCUCGUUCAGUUGGGAAGCGUAAACGAUGACAAAAUGGCAAACACCAUACGGCUUAUGCGCACCUCCAGCGAUAUCGACUUCUGCCAGCUGCUUCAAGCUAACCUGGACACCGUACUCGAGCUAUGGCUAACCAAAGGGAAUCGGUUGCUGCAUUUCCCGUUCCGUCUAGCGGGAAAGAUCGCCACGAUCGAAGAGUUUAUCCAACUGUUCAAGAAAAACAUUUCCUUCGUCAUACUCUGCAUGCAGCCGGAACGGUUCGAACAGUUCUGCAAAUCGAUUGGCGUACAGCAGGCAGAAAUGGUGAAGAGUAUACUGCCGAAAUGUGUUUCGUUCCUUCUGCCCAAGUACGCCAAAUGUGAAGGGAUGGCGCCCAAGUAUGAUGCAAUAGCUAGUCGGAUGCACAAAGCACUUGCCCUAUAA